AGGUGCUGAAUUCUUUGCAUUACUGCCCAUCUGACAACAUUAAAAAAUAUUACAAUCACAGAUUUGGCUAAUUAAGAGCAGUCCAGUGUCCCCAUUAAGGAACAACAGCCAGAGACUUAGCAAAGUGAGGACAGAAGGUAUGUGCAGUAUCAUGGAGAAGCAUGUGGAAUACAAACACAGGAAGGAGACAAGAAAAGCAAAGAUCUGCAUAAUGAUAAUCCUUACAGACCAUUAAUGGAUACCACACCAUGUCUGAGAGUCUUGCUCACUGUUGUUUGUAGUUGCUCUUGUCCUGGAUCAGCUAUUCAGUGAAAAAAUAAGUGGAGCAGAAGGAACAAAGUUAGAUGAGGAAUUUCAAGAGAUGGAAAGGAAAAUUGAUAUUACUAAUAAAGCUGUAACAGAGCUUCUGUCCAAAUCCACGGAGUACCUUCAGCCAAAUCCAGCAUACAGGGCCAAGCUGGGGAUGCUGAACACUAUGUCAAAGAUCAGAGGACAAGUUAAAGCCACAGGCUACCCCCAGACAGAGGGACUCCUGGGAGACUGCAUGAUACGGUAUGGCAGAGAGCUGGGCGAUGAGUCUAUGUUUGGCCUUGCACUACUGGAUGCUGGUGAGAGCAUGAAGCAAAUGGCAGAAGUGAAGGACUCUCUUGAUAUUAAUGUCAAACAAAAUUUUAUUGAUCCUCUACAGUUAUUGCAGGACAAAGAUUUAAAAGAGAUUGGGCAUCACUUGAAGAAACUGGAAGGACGCCGCUUGGAUUACGAUUACAAAAAGAAGCGUUUUGGAAAGAUACCUGAUGAAGAAGUUAAACAAGCAGUAGAAAAAUUUGAAGAGUCAAAGGAACUGGCUGAAAGAAGCAUGUUCAAUUUCUUAGAAAAUGAUGUAGAACAAGUCAGCCAGUUGGCCGUGUUUGUAGAGGCAGCACUCGAUUACCAUAAACAAUCCACAGAAAUUUUGGAGGACCUGCAGAGCAAGCUGCAAAACCGGAUAAAUGUAGCAUCUAGUCGGCCUAAGCGGGAAUUUAAGCCAAAGCCUGUAAUAACUACAACUCUGGAAAUUGGUGAUAAUCAGCAGCACAAUGGGAUUGCCUAUAGUUCUUCCAUAAAAUCAUCAGGUUCUUCAGUGCACAUGGAUCAGCCUUGCUGCCAAGCUCUCUAUGACUUUGAGCCAGAAAAUGAAGGCGAGCUUGGAUUUAAGGAAGGGGACAUCAUAACUUUGACCAAUCAGAUCGAUGAGAAUUGGUAUGAGGGGAUGUUAAAUGGAGAGUCUGGCUUCUUCCCCAUUAAUUAUGUUGAAGUGAUAGUUCCCUUGCCUCAGUGAUCGUGUCAUUCGAGCUGUGAACAUGAUUUCAUGACUGAAAUGGAUUCACAAAUGUUCUGUCAGUGUGGCAUUCUGUGAAAGCCUUGCUAUUUGACUGACUUACUGACUUUUGUAUGCGUCUUUUUAAAAUGUAUUUAUUUUAUAUUCAAAAAAAUUUCACCUUCCCUGAUUUGUCAACCUGCAAAAAAACCCAUACCCAGUUUUUUUGCUUUGUGCCUUGAAGAUCACUGUAUGAAGUGUUUACUGGUAGCUCACUGUUGCUCCAAAACUGCAUUUCCUUGCUAUUAUUGUAUGUGGGUUUUUUUUAUCUUUGGCUGCAAUGAUUUUACUAUUGAAAACCAUUUUAAAAAAUACUGUUAGUGAAGCUAACUGUAACCAGUUCCUCAGUUACUGAUGUCCUUGAGCUGUUUUCAUCUAUCACACCAUAAUUUAUUGUGAACAAGUUAAUUCAUCUUUUGCAUUGUAUGUUGACAAAAGGCAAAGUGGUUGUUGUCAAUAUUAAGAUGAUGUUGUACUAAGUACAAGUUCUCAGCAUUGAAAAUUGGUAUAAUUUACUGACCAAACUGAAUAAAUAUUUCUGUGGGAUAAGAAAAGUGGUUGCUGCUUCUGUACUGAUAGUUCUGGCACUUGUUUGAGCAGGAGGCCACUGUUGCUGAAUAGAGCAGCUUUCAGUGACAAAAACAAUACAUGAAUAAAGAAAGUAUUAGUUUUA